GCUAAAGCCCAAAGGCCCAUACAAUCCCAAUCUUGUUGCGUCGUAUUAAACCUUCUCCUUCUCCGACGAAACAAUCACACACUCCGGCGGCAAUAAACGCUUCUUCAUGGAACCAAUCCCAAAUGAUCUCAUUCUCGAGAUCUUCUCGAGAUUGCCGGCGAAGUCAGUCAUUGGAUUUCGUACCUUGUCGAAGCACUGGGCGUCUAUGCUUCGCAGUCCAGUUUUCACCGAGCUCUUCCUGACCAGAUCCUCGAAUCGUCCACGUCUGCUGUUUGCUGCCGAACGAAAUGGUGAGUGGCUCUUCUUCUCGUCGCCGCAGCCACAGAAUCGAUAUGAGAAGUCUUCUCAUUUGGAUUAUCAUACAAAAUUCUCAGGAGACGUAAGCCGAUUCAUUUGUAGCUAUGUCUCAGGUUUGCUCUGUUUCCCUGAUUUGUGGCUCUCAAAAGAUGCAUCGCCUGUGAUUUGUAACCCUACCACAGGAAUGUAUGAGAGCUUACCUGAUCUGAUGAGGUACAAAAAUGCUCGAGGCUUUCUAGGGUUUGAUCCCAUUGGUAAGCAAUUCAAGGUAUUGUCUGAGGCUUAUCCAUUUUCUGAUCAAAGGGAACAUCAUGAGAUUCUGACAUUAGGAACUGAGGAACUGAGCUGGAGGAGUAAUAUCAUUAGUUGUCCUGCAUAUGAUCGUUCUUUGAGUGAAGGAAUAUGUAUCAAUGGAGUUUUGUAUUACUUAGCUCAGACUCUUGGUGUACCGUCUUGUGUGAUCAUUUGCUUUGAUGUAAGGUCUGAGGAAUUUAAGUAUUUUGACGCAGGAUGCUUUAAUGAUCAACUUGAUGAUACUAGUGGGUUGAUUUUGGUAAACUAUGAGGGUAAAUUAAGUGGGAUUAAUUGGAAGUAUGGUCAAGCUGGUGAAAGGCGCACCGUUGAGUUGCGUAUGUGGGUUCUAGAGGAUGCCGAGAAGCAUGAAUGGGUUAAAUAUGUGUACACUCUGCCGGAGAAUGAAGUCCUUGAUUCCUGCGACUUUUCAGUUGCUGGAGUGACUACUAGAGGUGAUAUUGUUUUGUGUAUGAAAUAUACAUGUAAACCGUUUUAUGUGUUCUACUUCAAUCCCGAGAGGAACACUCUCCAGAGCGUUGAAAUCCAAGAUUUUGGAGCUAACCUUGAAGCGGUUGAGAAUUGUGGUAGAGUUUAUGCUUUUGUUAACCAUGUAGAGGAUCUUCGGGUUAACAAAGGGAAGCAACUCAAGUCAAGCAUCUCUCAAGUCAAGCAUCUCUGCUCAUGCUGUAACAAAGUAUCGCAGCCUGAUUAUCAUUACCAAAAGGCUUAAACCAAAGGGAGAGAAGAAAUGAAAGAGACAGUAGGGAAGAAAAGAGACAAGGGAUGAGGUAAAAAGCAGUAGGGCAUGUCAUAUAUGUGUUUAUGUUCUUUAGUUAUAGACGUUGGAAGAUCUGUGAGUAUGAAUCAAAUCUAGCUUUGGUAGUGUAUUACAAAUAUUUUGAAGUGAAUCGUAUUGUAGCAUUGUUGACCUUUUUUUGGUUAAUCAAUUUUUCCUAUAGUUUAAUGAUAUCUUCUACCCGAAAUUAAAGUGCA